UCGCGAUCGCGGCUCGCGACGUCGCGACUUAAGUUAGUUUAGUUGCUUAUUUUCAUUACUCGGGAGCAGUCGCGGCGACUGCAGAUUUGCAUCGGAUUGCGAGUGGAAUGCGCGUGCCAUGAACCUGAGUCUGGCACCGCCGUCGCGGCACCUCCUCGAGGAAGAGCCGGCUGAAGACGUCCAAGGCCUGACAAAGCAGCUGCUGGCGUGCAGGGCCGCCCUGCGCCUGCAAAUGCAACGCUCGCAACAGUUGGUCGCCGCUUACAAUGCCAAGCUGCAUGCCACAAACGCCAAGCUGAAGGAGGCCGAGGAAUUUUCCCAAAAGAGAUUCGCCUACCUGGCCAGGGCUGUCAUGGGCGCCGAGGCCAGUUUGCGCAGAAAACAAAAGGAAAUAAUGCAACAGCUGUCGGUGAAAGACGAGCUGAUUACUGAGCAGCGAACCAAACUGGAGCAACUUUGCAAAGAGACGCCCAAAACUGUGUCACCACCGGUACCUGCGCCAAGGAAGCCCCUCGCACCCAUCAACAACAAACCUCCCACCCCCUACAAACCACCAGGACUCACCCUGAGUCUGCCACCUCAGUACAAAAAGAAGCCUCACCUGGAAAAACUUGAAAAGCUGCCAGAGGAGGAGAAUCAACCGCAGUCAAAAAUAGCACCCAGUGCGAACCAAGAAAACCCUUGCGAGCCGAUGCGGACGUUGCCGUCUCCGGCGUCCUCUACAGAAACGCUCACCGCUAGUCCAGCCACCCCCAUUGACCACUUCCACGACAACUUUGAGGAAUUCCACCUUGACUCUGAAAACAACUCUGACGAAAACGACGAAGGCAUUCUGAACCGCAAAAGUGGCGACGGAGCUGAGCGGCAGCAGCUGGUGCUGAAGGCGGUGGCAUGUUCGCAGGGCUCCUACGAAGGGUUCCUCGAAGCCACCGGCCUCUCCCAGAAGUCAAUCCUCACCCCCAGCAGACUCAACAGCCAUCGCUCGGUGCUCAAACCCAGGGACAUCAAGUUCCGCAGCAAAGCCAACAGGACAUUUUGCAAUGGCGCCGUCAAAUACUGGUCGGGGCCGUUUCUGUGAAAAACUUUAUUUUAAAAGAGUGGACCUUUCGAGAAAGUCAUGCAUGCCUAAUCAAGUGCUCUAGUGGUUAAGAAAGAAAGUUGUAUUUCUAUCAUUUUAAUAAUGAUCAGAAUUUUUUGCUGAAGUAAUGUGCUAGUAUCAGGUAUUUAUCCUCAGUGAAAUUAAAGUCGGUCCUGUUGCAAGUUUGCAGGGGCCUGCGUAGCAAAUUAAAAUAUUUUUAAAUAUUUCCAAUAAAAAUUAUCUUCAGAAUAAUAAAUUCAGAAUAGAUUUUAAUUUUUGUUAUUCCAACAAAUAUUAUUUCGUUCGAUCUCCAUUUAAAAU